GCGUCGACUCUUUCAUCAUCUGCGCGCCUCUGGCUCUGUCGUGUCCGAUCCCUCGGGCCUCAACUCAAUCCCUUUGCGCCAUUUUUAUUUUCCCAAGACGAACCUUCAAAAUGCUAUAGACGGAGAUGAACCGAAUUCACGUCACUUCUCAGCAAUCAAGAGCUUCUUUAUCUCAAAAGAACAACUCCAGCAACCAAAAAUUUCUUCCAGGUAUUCUAUCGAACACUUUUUUGCCUGGGCAAUGUAUACAAGGUUUGUGAAGAAUUUGUGAUGUUCUUGUGCGUUUCUGAGCUUUUCCAGAAGUGGGGUUUGUAUCGUUUUUGUUUUGAAUGGUUGUAGCUUUGAAACUCUGCAUUUUGUGGGAUUUGUUUGCGUUUUGCUGGGGAGCAUGUGGAAAUAGGUUGAUUAGCUGGAAGUAUGAUAUGAUAAAACUGCCGCCUCGUGGUUGCCUGAACUAUGGUUUCAGCCCUUCCUAGGGGGUCGGGGUGGUUCCCUCCCGUUUGCUUUUGCCUUUGACAAAGUUGGAUACUUGUAAAAAAAACUAGCUUGCAUUUGGCUUAUGCUUUUGGGAUUGAUGUGUAUGCCAAGCCAUUCACUAUGAAUUGUGAGUUUGGCUGCCAUUUUCCUUUCCCUUGCAUUCUCUGCCUUUCAACAAUAUGAGGGUACUUAAUGAAAGGGCAACUUAAGAUAUCCAAUUUGUCAUUUCUUGCAACCAUUAGAUUCUCGAGUUAUGGAUGAAUGUGGUAGAAAAGGGUUAUGCUGUUUUACUUGAAAAUGCGUCUCCCAAGAGCAAAGAUUUAAGUCCUUUGAUGUGAAUGAAAGGUUUCGGGCAUGAAAACCGUUUGCUUUCCCUUAGAGAAUAGAGCAAGGCUGAUCGUCUGUUUCUUGAUUGCUGCCGUUAAUAGUUUUACACUAUACAGUCCGAAUCAAGUGAACUGCUUUGCAAGCUAAGUUUCUCAUAUGUAGUUUUUGCCUUAUCUUUUAAGUACUUCAUGUGUGUUCUAACAGUUUAAGCAGUGUGCGGCUAUUGUAGGACGGGGUUUCACCAAAACCGAGUCACUGCCUAAAGUCUUAUACUCUUUUCAAUGACCAAUGCCUGCAUUACUAGAGUCAACCAUAUCCACCACAAGAGGGUCACAAUAACAAUAUCAUCAUCCUCCACAAAGACCUGCACCAAUCUCUCUGGCUGCAGAUUUUUCACCAGCUCACAACUGUUGAUAUCUCCAACACCUUCUUUCAAACCCCUAGCCUUAUCCGCCUGCAUCACCCAAUCAGAUGCACCUCAACGCUCGGAGGAAUGGUUUGCCCUUAGGAAGGACAAGCUGACCACAAGCACUUUUAGUACCGCCUUGGGGUUUUGGAAGGGGAAACGAAGACCAGAGCUCUGGCGUGAAAAGGUUUUUACAUCAGAAGUUGAGUUUGUUCCAGCUUCAAAGAAUGCAAUGGAAUGGGGUGUGCUCAAUGAAUCAUUAGCCAUCGACCGAUAUAGAAGCAUCACGGGUCGUGAGGUUAGCUCACUAGGGUUUGCAGUCCAUGCACAAGAGAAGCUCGAUUGGCUUGGUGCUUCACCAGAUGGUCUACUUGGGUGCUUUCCUGAAGGUGGAAUAUUGGAAGUGAAGUGUCCUUAUAACAAGGGGAAGCCCGAGCAGGGUCUCCCCUGGUCGACCAUGCCUUUCUAUUACAUGCCUCAGGUUCAAGGUCAGCUGGAGAUUAUGGGUAGAGAAUGGGCAGAUUUGUAUUGCUGGAUGCCGAAUGGUAGCACGAUAUUCCGUGUCCCCAGGGACCGUGAUUACUGGGAGCUAAUGUGUGGGAUGUUGAAGGAGUUUUGGUGGGAGAAUGUGAUUCCUGCUAGGGAAGCUCUUGAAGCGGGGAAAGAAAAAGAAGCUGAUUCAUAUAUGCCAGCAUCUACACACAAACAGACGGGGCUCGCCAUUUCUAAAAGUAUCAAGUUAGCUGCUCAAUGCAAGCUUCAGUGUAGGGAAAUUGCAGGCCUUGUUGAAUUCUUUAGGUGAGAGAAAUCUGGUCUUCUCCUAUUGUCAUACAUUCGUUUAUUAAUCCUGUGUUAAUUUUAGUUCCAUAUGAAAAACCUAUGUUUCAAUUCUUGUGCUUAACAAAUGGGGUCACUGGGAAUCGAACACAAGACCUCUCGGUCACAGAAGGCUCUGAUACAAUGUCAAUAACCAGUUGGUCCCAAUAACUCGAGUUGUUGGGAGAGAUUCAAUCGUGGAUCAUAUACCAUAACACUAACAAAUUAAACUUUUCUCUUAUUUAUGGAUCUGUUCAAACUUCAAACGCAUAAAAAAGAUAUAUUAGUGGUUUCAUACGACUCGAUCAUUGGUCAGCAUGUUCUUCAUUGGAUUUCAUGUGUGACCAGUUACCCUAUGCCCUCGUUUUGGAUAAUUCAAUCAAAAGUGAGUGAAAGAUUUACUCAGGUGAUUGAAAGUUUCUUUUUUUCCCCCUUCAAUAUCAUCUCAUGUAUUUAUUUUUCGUUAUUUUGAAAUAAAAACAAAAAAUACGAAACAAAAUUGUAACGAUGAAUGAUCUAUUAUAAAUGAGCUGUAUGCAGAAUUAUAUUGCAUUCCUCCAAACAUUAAUGGUAUUCUUCAAUGAACAAGAAAAUAAUCAAUUUUUGUUUUGAAACAUGAAUAACACAAGAUGUAUGUUCGUUCGAUGAUUACUUGAUUGUCACCCAAGAAUAAGAUGAAUGGAUGACAAAGGGAGGGGAAAAGAAAAGAGGGAAGAGACUGUUUUCCAUUUCUAACUUCUUCUUCUUCUUCUGGGCCUUAGAGCUUCAUUCACCCUCCUUAUGAGAAGCAGAAGCAGAAGCAGGUUUCUUCCUCAAAUCUUUCAUCCAUUUCAAGCUAAGAAACUUCUUCCCAAUGCUGCUCUUGCUCCCAUCUUUCCCCUUCUUCUUGUCAUUCUGCGGGGGAGGAUCGUCGUUGUAAUCCCAUUGAUCCGCCCAUGAUAACCCGGAAUCCAUCUCCUUCCUUGUGCAAUGGAUCUGCCUUGGUCUUCUUUCUCCCUGCUCUAUAUUAAUUAGUUAUUUCCGAAAAGUUGUUCGCUUUUUCUAUACCAACCAACCAUUCAGCAUACGCAUUUAUUUCAUCGAUCCCUAUUACUCUUCUAAAUUUGGCGCGAAAAUAUGCGAGUCAGUCUCACAGAUACCAACCAAGUGUAGCAAUUAUAUGCAGAAGGCCAACUGCUGGGCCUGGUGGGAGAAGUAACAAAAGGAAGAGCAAAACAAUUGUUCCAAGUCGGACUAAAAAGAUAGAGGAAGCUCCAUAUGGAGGCCUAAAUUUUAAGUGGGGAUUUUGAAGAAACAAAGAGGGAUUUUGAGACAAUUGGAAAUGACAAUGAAGUCCUUACCACUUGGAGGUGAAACCAAACAUGUUCGAAUAACUUAGGCCCCGUUUA